AUGAACCAAUUUAUCAGCUCCCGCCUGCAAUGCGCAGCUACCAACCCCUCCCCACCCAAGUCAUCGGUGAACGAAACUGCGGCAGCUACAACCACUGUACGACGAGUACGCGAUUAUAUUGCCACCCACGGACGGUUUUCCGAGGACCAAGCACGCGUAAAAUUCAUGGACGUACUGUGUGCUGUGGAUUACGCCCACUCCUGUGGAAUCGUUCAUCGGGACUUGAAGGCAGAAAACCUUCUUUUUGACGCAGACAUGAAUAUAAAAUUGAUAGGCGAGUGCUGUAAACGGAGAAAUCCUCUCGCUCUGGAACACACCAGCCACUUUGUUCUUAUUGUUGAAAAAGAACAGAAAGCACGCGGCAUCCUGGAAAAGGCUGUCGAAAUUGUCCCCUCUCUAUCAUCAUCAGCUGUAAGAACGUGCUUCGCUUUCGGUCGUGCUUUGAGUGUCCCAAUGCAAUUCAGAGCAGAGUUGUGGAACGCACCAUGUUGCAUUAGUUCUGAAUGUGGUUUGACAAAUUGA